AUGGCCAAGCUAGACAUCUCCAUUCCCGACCUCACCUUGCCCGAUGGCAACAAGAUACCGAUCAUCGGAUAUGGUGUUGGCACGGCAUGGUCCAAGACCGAUGAAAACGCGCCAAAAGACCAGAAGUGCAUUGAUGGCGUCAAGACCGCCGUUAAAGUCGGGUUCAGACAUCUAGAUGGGGCCGAGGUAUACAAAAACGAAGAGGAACUGGGCGCAGCCAUCAAGGAUGUCAACAUCCCUCGGGAGCAGCUGUUUGUGACCACCAAGGUCAUGACCAACAUCGACGAUAUCCCCGCGGCCAUCGACCUGAGCUUGAAGAAGCUGGGGCUUGACUACGUCGACCUCUAUCUCAUCCAUUCGCCGUUCUUUGCCGAUGGGGACAAGAAGGCGCUCCAGCAGAAGUGGGCGGACAUGGAAAAGGUCGCAGCCUCGGGCAAGGCCAAAAGCAUCGGGGUCAGCAACUUCUUGAAGCCUCAUCUGGAAGCUGUCCUUGAGACGGCAAAAGUGCGCCCUGCGGUCAAUCAGAUCGAGUUCCACCCUUACCUGCAACAUGGAGAUCUGCUUGCCUAUCACAAGAAUAAAGACAUCCGGGUUUCAGCAUACGCGCCUCUGACGCCAAUCGUCCGGGCCAAAGGAGGCCCAGUCGAUGGUAUCGUCGAGUCGUUGGCGAAGAAAUAUGCGGUCAACCCGGGCGAGGUCCUCCUCAGGUGGUGCAUUGACCAGGAUGUGUUGCCCAUCACGACGAGUUCGAACGAACAACGGUUGAGUGAUUAUUUGAGAGUCUUCACCUUCAAACUGACGCCAAAGGAGGUGGAGGGCAUUUCCGAAAUCGGCAAUACGCACCACUACCGGGCUUUCUGGACUCAUGUCUUUGAUGCCGAAGACCGCUCCUGA